AUGGUAAAUUCUUCAUUUGAUAGACAACGAAACGGUGGAGAGAUUUGGUGUGCUGGGUAUAUUUGGGGGAGGUGGGAAGGGAAGGAUCGGGGCCAAAUUUCAUGGGUGGAGGCGUGGUUUGAUGGGUAUGGUAGAGAGGACAAUAAAACCCCUGUUAAAGUGACAGAAUUGAAGGCUUGGACUAAUUUGUUAACAAUUGCAAGUACAGUGACGAAAUCGAAAAAAUUGAAAUCACAGUGA